AUGACGAUAGUUAUGAGGACCCCCAUUCCCCUCUACACUUGCGCUUUUUGUUGCAAAUCGAAUUUUUCAAUAAGACGCUGUGGAUCCUGCCAGUCCAUCAUUUAUUGCUCCAGAGAGUGUCAGCGAUUGGAUUGGUCUUUUCACAAAAGUUUUUGUAAAGCUUUUACAUCCCUUGGUCCACGCCCUUCAAAAGAUCAUAGCCUCGCAUUCUAUUUUCCGGUUGACCUCGAUCCCACACUGGAAUGGGUUCGGCGUCCAGAUUGUCUGCAUCCCAACGCCGAUGAUGGAGCAUUUGGUUCUCGCUCGCUGAGUUCCACGAAAUCAAAGCCGAAGUUGGGAUGGUCGUAUGUCCUUUGUCAAGGAGGCUGCCGAGACGAUAAUCAAAAGCUCAAUCAUAGCGUUACAUCUUUCACGAGGGGGGCCUAUUGGACUGGACCUUUGGUUGUUUUCCAGACAGGGAAGCCUGGUGUUGACUCAGCAGCUGUACAGGAUGUUUCACUGGAUGACCUCCCCAGAGUCAUACGAUUGCUGAGACAGAUUGGCAAUGGAAAUCGAGUGAUGAAGCACAAAGUCUUGAAGUCAAGUUUCAAUACUUCGAAAUGUGUAAUCGUUAGAUGUAUGGGCGAUCAUAUGCAGACUUCAGGAGAGACUCAGCUUGUGGUCACCAGAGUCCCAGAAUUGCAUCCGAUUUUCGAGGGGCAACCCACAAGUAUCUCACAAUUGAUGGAGAUUCCGUUGAUAAUACAAAGAAUACCUCGAGAAGCGGGAAGAGAUGUUAUGUUCGAUAAGGAUCACUUGAGAAACGAUUUCUGUGCUUCUCUUCACGUUGAUACACGUCCUUUUAGUGAGACGUGGGGUGAAAUACCUUCACAAUGGCAUAAGAAUGUGGGGACUGUUCUGGUCGCGAGAGAGGACAAAAAAGAUAUCACCACCCUUCAACUAACGGCAAUUAUGAAAUUCAUCAGGCGAUUGGAUCUUAGUCUAGUAAGAAACGAACCCGAUGUUGGAAUGAAACAGGCAUUUCUUGAGGGUUACUUCACCAGGAGAAAUUUCGAAAUUUUUUUCUUCGGUCCCUUUGCAGCUAAUGUGGAUCAGAUCCCGCAGCUGGACGGAGACCUGAUAUCUCCUUAUAGCAACUCAUAUGAUUCAAUUGGUAUACCACAGAACUCUUCAGAAUUGGAUAUGGCGAUAGAUCUGUACCACAGAACUGGACUUAUGACAGUGUUUGCGGCCGAUGAUUAA